AGCUGGGACGUCGCCGCGAGAUCGGAGGACCGCGGUGCUGCACGGCGAACGAAUCUCUCUCAAAGAGACGGCGGCGAAUCGAAUCGAGUUUGUGACAAUCGAUUCUUA